AUGGGUCAAACCGUAUCCCGGGAUGACUUCAUAUGGACAUUAACAGAACAGCCGCAUAUGAGCCGGCGUGAAGCUAUUGUCAAGGCACAUCCUGAAAUCAAACAGUUGUUCGGUGUUGAUCCAUCUUUCAAAUAUGUUGUUGUAUGUAUGGUACUCUUUCAAAUUUUCAUGUGCUGGCUACUUCAGGACGCUGAUUGGAUUUUAGUGCUUCUGGAGAGCUAUCUGUGUGGAGGUGUUAUCAAUCAUGCUAUGACUUUAGCUAUUCAUGACAUUUCUCACAACACUGUAUAUGGCAACAAGUACCCACUAUCGAACAGAUUUUUUGGGUUCUUAGCCAACUUACCCAUCGGGGUUCCCAUCUCAGUGUCUUUCAAGAAAUACCAUGUAGAGCACCAUCGAUAUCUAGGAGAAGAUGGAUUAGAUACUGAUGUUCCCACUGAGCUUGAAGCUUUAUUCUUCACAACUCCUUUCCGUAAAAUUCUUUGGUUAGCUUUCCAACCCUUCUUCUACGCCUUCCGUCCACUGAUCAUUUAUAAGAAAGCUCCAACUGAUCUGGAAAUUUUGAAUGCCGUCGUACAGAUAGGAUUUGAUCUUAUAAUAUUACAAUGUUUCGGUAUCAAAGCACUUGUCUACCUCUUGGCUGGAACUGUGAUUUCUAUGGGAUUACAUCCAUCUGCAGGGCACUUCAUAUCAGAACAUUACAUUUUCGAUCCUCAACAAGAGACAUACAGUUACUAUGGUUGGUGGAACUUAUGCACAUUCAAUGUUGGAUAUCACAUGGAGCAUCAUGACUUCCCUUACAUUCCAGGCCGUAACUUGCCAUUAGUUAGAAAAAUAGCUCCAGAAUACUAUGAGAACUUACUGCAGCACAAGUCUUGGUCUAAGGUCCUGUACGACUUUGUCAUGAAACCAGAUAUGGGUCCAUAUGCUAGGAUAAAGCGAAAACCUCGGGUGCCACAGGCUUUCUAUGGAAAUAACGUUUUAUCAGAAUAUACUGAUGCUCUUCUAUAUUAUCUGGGAUACUACGCUAUAGUUGAGCGGGCACAAAACAUUCUUGAUCUCAAUAACAAUACUAAGAAAAUCGAUUAG